AACUUGAAAAACAAUAAACUAAAGGCUAACAUUCUAGAUCACCAGUCCCUUUCUCAGCGGACCGAACAAAAGAAAUGGAGAAGAGUGGAAAUAACGAAAAGUGAUCCCCUUGCAAGACCAAUCAUUUUGCUCUGCAGCCAUCUUCUUCCUCAACUCUCACUCUGCAAUCUUCGUCACUCUCCCGAAGAUGAUCGGCGGGCUCUCUGCUACGGCAACCCUCUUCGUCGCUUUGCUCCUCAUUUCAUCCGCGCACGCUUUCUACCUCCCCGGCGUGGCCCCUCGUGACUUCCAGCGGGGCAACCUUCUCAAUGUCAAAGUAAACAAAUUGUCAUCUACAAAAACACAACUUCCUUAUGACUACUACUUUUUAAAGUAUUGUAAACCUCCAAAGAUUGAGAACAGUGCAGAAAACUUGGGGGAGGUCCUUAGAGGUGACCGCAUUGAAAACUCGAUGUACAUUUUUGAAAUGAUGGAACAGCAAUCCUGCAAAAUAGCUUGUCGAGCAACACUUGAUGCUGAAGCGGCAAAGAAUUUUAAGGAAAAGAUUGAUGAUGAGUAUCGUGUUAACAUGAUACUGGAUAAUCUUCCUGUUGCUGUCCUAAGACAGAGGAGGGAUGGUGGUCAGUCAACUACUUACGAACAUGGUUUCAGAGUUGGGUUCAAAGGAAAUUAUGCUGGGAGUAAAGAGGAGAAAUAUUUUAUCAAUAAUCACUUAGUGUUUAGAGUUAUGUAUCACAAGGAUCCUGAAUCUGAAUCUGCCCGAAUUGUUGGAUUUGAGGUUUCUCCAAACAGCAUCAAUCAUGAAUACAAGGAGUGGGAUGAGAAGAAAACUCAGCUGACUACGUGCAACAAGGACACCAAAAAACUAAUUCAAGGUAGUAUUGUCCCUCAAGAAGUUGAUACCGGCAAAGAGGUGGUCUUCACAUAUGAUGUGAUUUUCCAGGAGAGUGAUGUCAAGUGGGCUUCACGUUGGGACACCUAUCUCCUAAUGAACGAUGAUCAAAUUCACUGGUUCUCCAUCACCAACUCGCUGAUGAUUGUCCUCUUCCUAUCUGGUAUGGUAGCCAUGAUCAUGAUGAGAACUCUAUACAGAGACAUUGCAAACUACAAUCAGUUGGAAACACAGGAUGAGGCCCAGGAGGAGACCGGGUGGAAGCUUGUCCAUGGAGAUGUAUUCAGGGCACCGAUGAACGCUGGUUUACUCUGUGUUUAUCUCGGUACAGGUGUCCAGAUCUUUGGUAUGACUUUGGUCACCAUGAUAUUCGCAUUACUCGGCUUUCUCUCUCCCUCCAAUCGAGGAGGCCUUAUGACUGCCAUGGUUCUCUUGUGGGUCUUCAUGGGGAUAUUCGCCGGAUACUCUUCUGCACGUCUCUACAAAAUGUUCAAAGGCACAGAGUGGAAGAGAAACACCCUAAAAACAGCAUUCAUGUUCCCGGGUAUCCUCUUUGCAGUGUUCUUUGUCCUGAAUGCUCUCAUUUGGGGAGAGAAGUCUUCAGGUGCUGUCCCUUUUGGAACUAUGUUUGCUCUGGUUUGCUUAUGGUUUGGUAUCUCUGUCCCACUUGUUUUUGUCGGUAGUUACUUGGGUUACAAAAAACCAGCUAUCGAAGAUCCUGUCAAAACGAACAAGAUUCCGAGGCAAGUCCCAGAGCAGGCAUGGUACAUGAAGCCUGUCUUCUCCAUCCUCAUUGGUGGCAUUCUCCCAUUUGGUGCUGUCUUCAUCGAGCUCUUCUUCAUCUUGACCUCGAUCUGGCUGAACCAGUUCUACUACAUCUUUGGCUUCCUCUUUAUAGUGUUUGUCAUCCUGUUGAUAACUUGUGCUGAGAUAACGAUCGUGCUAUGCUACUUCCAGCUGUGUAGUGAGGACUACCACUGGUGGUGGAGGUCCUAUCUCACUGCUGGUUCUUCUGCUGUUUACCUUUUCCUAUACUCCAUCUUCUACUUCUUCACCAAGUUGGAGAUCUCGAAGUUUGUCUCAGGGGUCCUCUACUUUGGGUAUAUGGUGAUCAUUUCGUAUGCAUUCUUCGUCUUGACUGGAACUAUAGGGUUCUAUGCCUGUUUCUGGUUCGUCAAGAAGAUAUACUCAUCUGUGAAAAUCGACUGAUAGAAGAGGAAUACACAAUAUGUUCCAAGGUCAAAACCAAGUAGCUGUGCUUACCUUGGUCCAGUUUUUGUUGCUGAGGCUUGCUGCUUGCUUGCGCCAAAAGAAAGAUGGCUAUCGAUACCUGGAGAGUUUUGGCCCUGUUGAUGUUUCUGAUGCUGCUGAUAGAUUUAGGGGCCUUGGCUGGCUGUUGUUUCUUUUUAACUGGUUAACUUUCAAAUGUUUAAUCUUGUUGCCUGGUUGAGGAUUUGACAGGGUAAUGUAGAUCACACGUUGCACUUCGUUGCACCAUUAGAUGGCAUAAGCGCAGACAAUUGUAGUUUCUUCCUCCUUAUUGUAAUAGCAAAACAUGGUUUUAUAUGGAAUGGAUCCAGUAUCCUAUUUUUGAGUGUUGUAAAACCCAGUUCUUUCCUCUGCUAACUCGAGCCUGAACAUUGUUUGG